AUGUUCCCUUCUUUCAUUUUUCUUCAUUUUUAUCCCUUCCUUCUUUUUUCGCUUUUAUUAUUUAAUCAUUUUACCAUUUCUAACCUUUCCUCUUCCAUUUUCCUUCUAUUUUCUUUCUUUCUUCUUUUCUAUCUGUUCUCUUCUUCUUUUUUUUUCCAUAUCGUUAAACCUUUUUUUCUUCCGCUGCGGCGAAAUGCGACUUGCUCCGAUGAAGAUAUUUCUAAAAUGCUUGGGCCUCUUUUCUUGUCACCUCAUCUAUCUCUCUAUACCCGUCAGCACAUUAUCUAUCUAUCUAUCUAUCUAUCUAUCUAUCUAUCUAUCUAUCUAUCUAUCUAUCUAAGUUUAUCUAUCUAUCUAUCUAUCUAUCUAUCUGUCUUAGUCUGUUCCUAUCUAUCUAUCUAUCUAUCUAUCUAUCUAUCUCUCUCUCUCUCUCUCUCUCUCUCUCUCUCUAUCUAUCUAUCUAUCUAUCUAUCUAAAUGUAUCUAUUUCAUUCUGUUUCUAUCUAUCUAUCUUCGCCAGAAAAUUAGUUAUCUAUCUAUCUAUCUAUCUAUCUAUCUAUCUAUCUAUCUAUCUAUCUAUCUAUCUAUCUAUGUCCAUCAGAUUAUCUAUCUACAUCAGAUUAUCUAUCUAUCUAUCUAUCUAUCUAUCUAUCUAUCUAUCUAUCUCUGA